AUGCAAGGUCUACGUGGAGCACAAAAGCGAACCUCAGUUUUCCAUAGAAUGAGGGGGUAUUUUCAGCCACGUGACUCCCAGAGGCAAUCCACGGAGAUGCAACAAUGCGAAGAGAAUCUACAAAGGCAGUUAAGACGACUUCAGGAACGGGAACAAAAUUCUCAUAGACAGCUAACCGAGUUGCAACAACGUGAACAAACUUUGCAGCAGCAGCUAAGAGAGGUUCGAGAACGGGAUCAGAACACUCAAAGACAACUAAUGGAGUUGCAGCAACGCGAAGAAAGUUCCCAGAGACAGUUAAGAGAGAUGCGGCAGCGAGAGGAAAAUUCACAAAGGCAGCUAACGGAGUUGCAGCAACGCGAAGAAAAUUCCCAGAGUCAGUUAAGAGAGAUGCGGCAGCGAGAAGGGAAUUUACAAAGGCAGUUAACACAGCUUCGGGAACGGGAACAAAAUUCUCAAAGGCAGCUAACGGAGUCGCAGCAAAGCGAAGAAAACUCUCAGAGGCAGUUGAGGGAGUUAAGACAAAGAGAAGAAAAUUCACAAAGGCAAUUAAGGGAGACAAGUCAGCAGUUGACAAAUUGCAGGGGACAAGUUUCUGAACUACAGCUAAGUCUUUCAACAGCUCAGCAAACAAUAAGUCAACUACGCAGCCUUGAAACACUUGACUGGGUUAUUCCGCGCGACGAAAUUCAAAUCACUGAUAAAUGCCUUGGGAGGGGAGGAUGGGGAAGUGUCAAUGAGGGAACGUAUUGUCGCUGUACUGUAGCAGUGAAAGAAAUCCACGAGUUGAUUCUCUCCCCUCAUAACAUACGUCGUUUUGAGAGAGAAAUGAAUAUUGCGUCCAAGUGCCGUCAUCCUCACUUACUACAGUUUAUCGGCGCCACCAUUGAUGAGGGAAGUCCUCUAUUUGUCACUGAGCUGAUGGAGAAAAGUCUGCGGGCUCUAUUGGAACAGCGACAACUCUCUGAAACGGAAAUACGCGUUAUUUCACUGGAUGUAGCUCGUGCACUGAACUAUCUUCACCAGAAGAAACCAGAACCCAUCAUUCACCGGGAUGUCAGUAGUGCCAAUGUGUUGCUUUGGCGACAAGGUGACCAAUGGAGGGCCAAAGUGUCAGAUUAUGGAACUGCUAAUUUCAUACAGCAGACCAUGACAGUGGCUCCUGGAGCUAUGAUUUACAGUGCACCUGAAGCACUUACAUCAAACCAAACAGUCAAGGUAAGUUUAAGUGAAUAUUUAAGACUGUUUACUCACUAAAACUGUACAACAAUGCUAACAGUGGCAGAAGUGAUAAGUGACCCUUGUAUUUUCGCCCCAAAUCUCCUACUUGUCCACUCCAUAAACAAUACAUAUGAAAUGACUAUAUCUUUGUCAGGAGUCUUUGUACCUUGUUCUGCACUUUCUUCACUCUUUUAUGCAUAUCUUCUUCAUGGAUUUGGUCCACGUAAUUGGAUUCUUUAAUUUAUCCCUUCUUGUCCCUAAAGACAACAGUCACGGGAUAGCAAAAGUUAAUUAGUAUUUUUAGAAACAAAACAUUUAAGCCAAGGACGUACCAUGAAGGCUUUUAAGGAUCUUCUGUUUUCUAGGCUUUUCUUAUCCAUUUAUCGAUAUUCAUCUAUUUUGAAUUCUCGAGUUUCUCCCUCUCGUGUUACUUUAACUCCUUUUGUAAUCAGUACACAACUAAUAUGGAAUGUAUAUAAAGAAUAUUCUGGCAUAAAGUCAUGUAUUAUGAUUGCUUUUAGGUUGAUGUCUACAGCUUUGGUGUUCUUCUUUGUGAAAUGUGCAUUCGGGAACUUCCAGAUCCUAGUAAGCGUGAAGAACAAGUCGUGCUUGUAACGAACGGUGUGUUUCGUGGCCUGGUACGGCGAUGCCUGCAGAGAGAUCCUGGGGCGAGACCAACCAUGCAGGAGAUAGUCGAUGAACUGAAAGAUGCCGAUGUAUCAUCUUAAUUGUAGCACCAACAGUACACCAUAUCAUUGAUAAUCUGCUGUUUGUAGGAAAGUUUUAUAAAUUACUGGCAAAGCUGUGCCCUCAGCCUGUGCCAGUAGUCGUUCAGAUCGCGGGGAGUGGCGCGCACUUUUCUUUACGCCUUCCACAUCAUGUAAAUGCCUGUGAUAGCCGUGAUGGCUAUUGGUUAUUAAACUAUCUAUCUAUCUGAUAUGAAAAUUGAAAAGGGCCCGGUGCUUUGAGCCUGUGAAGAUUGUGAAAUUCAGGGUGCCUAGAAUAAUAAUUAUGAUGUUUAGGGAAAAAAAAAAUUUAUACUCAAGA